GAACGAGCACGGACUUACCAGCCCACUCCCCCCCUACGCCCCCCGAUCGCGGGGCUCGUAUCGUGGCUUUUUUCACGGGUGGCAUGUUCCGGGGACCCCGCGGGCGCUGUUGAACUCCUGCUCUCACCCGAAGAGGAUUCAAUGAAAAUGUCUGUGUGCGUCCAUGAGAACCGGAAAUCAAGAGCCAGCACCGGCUCUAUGAACAUCUACCUGUUCCACAAGUCUUCCUAUGCCGAUAGUGUCCUCAUGCACCUCAACUCACUGCGGCAGCAAAGGCUUUUCACAGACGUCCUGCUUCAUGCCGGCAGCCGCUCCUUCCCCUGCCAUCGUGCAGUGCUGGCUGCCUGCAGCCGCUACUUUGAGGCCAUGUUCAGUGGUGGGCUGAUGGAGAGCCAGGCCAGCGAAGUCAACUUCCAUGACUCCAUCCACCCGGAGGUUUUAGAACUUCUGCUGGAUUAUGCAUACUCAUCACGUGUAGUCAUCAACGAGGAGAACGCAGAGUCACUUCUGGAAGCAGGGGACAUGUUGGAAUUUCAGGACAUCCGAGACGCCUGUGCUGAAUUCCUAGAGAGAAACCUUCAUCCGACUAACUGUCUUGGCAUGUUGUUACUCUCUGAUGCCCACCAGUGUACCAAGCUGUCAGAGCUCUCCUGGGGCAUGUGCCUCAGCAACUUCCCAGCUAUUUGCAAGACAGAGGACUUCCUCCAAUUGCCCAAAGACAUGGUGGUGCAGCUUUUGUCACACGAGGAGCUAGAGACCGAAGAUGAGAGACUUGUUUAUGAAGCUGCUCUUAACUGGAUCAACUAUGAUGUGGAAAAGAGGCACUGCCACCUACCGGAGCUUCUGAGAACGGUCCGCCUCGCCCUGCUGCCGGCCAUCUUUCUGAUGGAGAAUGUCUCCACAGAAGAGUUGAUCAACGCCCAGGCCAAGAGCAGGGAACUGGUGGAUGAAGCUAUCCGCUGUAAGCUGAAAAUCCUGCAGAAUGAUGGUGUCGUAAACAGCCCCUGUGCUCGACCAAGAAAAACCAGCCAUGCUCUCUUUCUUCUCGGAGGGUCGACUUUCAUGUGUGACAAGUUGUACCUGGUAGACCAGAAGGCCAAAGAGAUCAUCCCCAAAGCUGACAUCCCAAGCCCCAGGAAGGAGUUCAGUGCCUGCGCCAUCGGCUGUAAGGUGUACAUCACCGGCGGGAGAGGCUCGGAGAACGGUGUGUCUAAAGAUGUAUGGGUCUACGACACUGUCCAAGAGGAGUGGUCCAAAGCAGCUCCAAUGCUCAUCGCUAGGUUUGGCCAUGGUUCUGCAGAGUUAAAACAUUGCCUCUAUGUAGUAGGGGGCCACACUGCAGCAACGGGCUGCCUCCCGGCUUCUCCGUCCGUGUCACUCAAACAGGUGGAGCAAUUCGACCCAGUGGCGAACAAGUGGACCAUGGUGGCUCCCCUGAGAGAAGGCGUGAGCAAUGCAGCGGUGGUCAGCGUCAAACUCAAGCUGUUUGCCUUCGGAGGAACCAGCGUUACCCACGACAAGCUGCCCAAGGUGCAGUGCUACGAUCCGCAGGAGAAUCGAUGGACAGUGCCCGCAUCUUGCCCUCAACCCUGGCGCUACACAGCUGCCGCCGUGCUGGGAAACCAGAUCUUCGUCAUGGGCGGGGAUACAGAGUUUUCAGCAUGCUCGGCGUAUAAAUUCAGCUGCGACACCUACCAGUGGACUAAAGUGGGCGAUGUGACAGCCAAGCGGAUGAGCUGCCAGGCUGUAGCAUCAGGGAACAAACUCUAUGUGGUGGGUGGGUACUUUGGCACACAACGGUGCAAAACUCUGGACUGCUAUGACCCCACACUGGAUGCUUGGAACAGCAUCACUACUGUGCCGUACUCGCUCAUCCCCACUGCCUUCGUCAGCACCUGGAAACAUCUGCCUGCAUGAGCCCCACACCCUCGACCUGCACCCUUUUCAUAAGAUUUCCCUGUUUUGCAUCAUCUUCUGGACUCCAACUGUGAAGAAGCACACGUUCUCAUCCUCUCAAAGAGACAUUGAGCGGUGAUGUACAGACGGCCACAUUCAUUUUACCGUUGCGAAGAGGCCGAAGCGGAGACGCGUAAAGCCGGACGCUUCGCCAGAAUGAUGUCACCUCCUGUUGCGGGGAAGGAAGAGGAGACGCACAGAGACAGUUAUUCACGCAAACAAACCAAACAAACCGCUGCUUGUAAUUUGAGGAUCACCUUUGUCCACAUCCAGCAUAUCAGGCUUUCAUGCUGCCACAUGAGGACUGCAAGCAUACGACACAAACUGCGUCUUUCCCUUUCAGACAUGGCAGGCUUGUGUGGCUCUGUGUUGAGGUUUUUCUCUAUGAUAAAAAAAAAAAACAGAAAAAAGAAAAUAAACACUCAUAGCAUGAUGAAUGUUCUGUUUAGAUCGAGGGAAGGAGAACGCAGCGAUGGGUGUGCGGAGGAACAGAAAGCAACUAGGUUUGACUGAAUAACGUUGAUUUGUAAAAUGCACAAUGAAGGAGUAAACCUUCCCUUUCUUUCCUCUGAUAAGCUCUUUUAUUUUACCCUUUGUAUGCAUUUCUUUUUUUGUUUGGUUUUCAAAGGCGUGCUUCUAACGGCUCACACACAAAAAACAAACCUCUCAGUGUUCCUCCCAUGAAGGCUCUGGCAGUCCGCUGUCACUGCCAGUUGCGAGGUGUUGACGGCCAACACCAGUUGAGGAGGACGGAGGGGGUCUGUGCGUGGCCAUGGGGGCGGGGAAGGGCGGGAACGGGGACGGGGGGGGUCAAUGUGCCUUGAGGGUCAUGACCGUACAUGUUUGCUGUUUUGCGGCUACACACUAACGCCCGCUGAGUGCCGGUAAACAGACCCACUGUAACAAUUCAGUGUUGUCAUAUUCAGCUGUACACUCAAUGCUGUAAAAGAGCGGCUGCGCUACUUCAGAUUAAAAGCAGUGGCUUGCUUGCUGAGUCAUAGAUAAAGCCUUUUUAGAGCAUGUCCACUCGGUGUGAUUCAGUGCAACUGGCAUGACCUCUUCUCUAUGGUCACCGGAAUCUUGUCACCUUAACCUAAACUGAGAAUAGAAUCGGUUUCUUCUUUUCAAACUUGCUGCAAUGUAGUCUUAAUUUAUAUGACGAUGUUUACUCUGUUAUGUUCAUAUGUUUUAAUCCUAUUUAUUUCCUCUCUGCCUGCAUUCAUAUGUGAAACUAUGUUUGGGUUGUGUCGUGCAUGGCCACGUGUUGUGUCUUUAUUUGACCUCAGUUGGGCUGCAUUUUGCACAGGUCAGUCUUUUGCAGGAUCAACUUGGUCUUUUGAAAGAGGGCAGGGGUGCAACUUGUCAGAGUGCGGACGGAAGAGGAAGAAUGGCUCUGAUUACUGAUGACGUAAAGCAGUUUAUGCUUCAGCUUGGAAAGGAAGAUUCAAUUAGGUUGAAAGACGCAAUCAUUUUUACUUUACAUAGACUCUCUUUAGGCUCUGACCUGGGUCCAAACCUAAUUUCCCCGUUGGGGCUCAAAUUGUACCAAAACAGAAAAGAAGUUAUGAGCCAUAAGGCAGCUGGACCAGCGCGGUGUGUGUGAUCCAGUGACUAUCAGGGACAUCACAGAGUCCUGACAUGGUUAAGAAUGCGAUGGCCUGUGCAGCUGUCCUUCGAGACAUCUGGCGUACUGUCACAUGUGCUAACUUGGCUCUUUGGGGUUUAAAUCCACAGUAUUCUUCACCAUUAAGGGGAGAGAGAGAAUCCAGCAAACUUUGCAUUGAUAAGGGCAGACACCGCAGUGCUUUUCAUCAUAGUGUUAAUGAUGCACACACAAAAGAAAAAGAAAAAUCCCUGCAAGUUCUUCAAGAACAAACAGUGAGAAUGUCCUUAAACACGUGCUUAUCAAAUGCUUGGUAUCUCUCAUGUGGGUUUUUGUCUGUGUGUCCGUCUAUGUGACAUGAAUAUUGACAUUUUACAAUUGGAUAUAAAUGGACUCAUUGAAUUUCAAUGUAAGAGCGUCCUUCCUCAUGGAUUCAUGGAUAAAUUCAGAUCGGUGGCGAUCAUCCGGGGAAACAGCCCUGUAAAUUCCUGCCCCCCCUCUUUCUUAAGCCGCCCAAAAGUCCAUCCUUUUAUCUGCAGGCUCUGGACUUCACAGAUACCCUCGUGGCUCCCUAAUGUUCACCUCCUCCGGCCAUUGAACACAGAUCCUCUGGCCCCCACCAAUCAGAUAAGGGCAUUUCCUUCCCAUAGAGCACAAGUUACCCUGACAACAGCGAGUAAUGAAUGCCCCUUCAAUUCGCUCCUAAUUGCUGAGUGGCGUUUCCCCUUUCCACUCUUGCCCUCCUCUAAUUCUCUGUUAUCUCUGGAAAUCCAGCCGGCUCGGAGUGGGGCACAGCAUCCUCCUUCACAUCGUGAUGUAAAUUCGACAGCGACCCUGUCAGUGUGCAUCGGUUUUGCUUUUUUCUUUUGUCAUGUAAGAGUUUAUUUUCUAUUUUUAUGACAUUAUUUUGUACAUGUGAUUUUUUUCACAAUGUGAAAUUCAUGGCUAAUAAACAUAAGAGUUUUUUCCUCUUGACUGUAAAA